GGGCGGUGGCGAGCGCGCGCCUGAGGCGGCAGCUCGGCGACCGGGACUUUGUGCUCCAGGGACCCUCCUUCGGGCGCAUCUCCCACCCCUGUUGUGUCCUUGCGAGGCGCCCCCACUCGGCGGGACCGGCCCCGGGGAAUGGAGAGGGCCCGCCCCCACGGCCCUGGAGGGACCCGGAGGAGAAGACCGCGCGUGGUCUGACCCGUCGUCCUCGCCGAAGGGGCCCAUGGGCGCGUCCCCGCGGGCGGGCCGCGGACGUGAGGGCGGCGAGCAGCAGGGCCGCGGCACCGAGGAGGGCCGUGCUCGUGCCCGGCCCUGCACCGGCCGCGCGCCUGCGCUCCCGCCGCCGCGCCGGCCGCGCCCGCACCGCCUCUCGGCGCCGGCCCGGGAGCCCGGUCCGAGAGCAGCGGCGGCGGCGGCGGCCGGAGGGACGAUGAGCGGUGCGGCGCGGGCGGGCCCGGCCCGGCUCGCCGCGCUCGCGCUGCUGACCUGCAGCCUGUGGCCGGCGCGGGCAGACAACGCGAGCCAGGAGUACUACACGGCGCUCAUCAACGUGACGGUGCAGGAGCCCGGCCGCGGCGCCCCGCUCACAUUCCGCAUCGACCGCGGGCGCUACGGGCUCGACUCGCCCAAGGCCGAGGUCCGCGGUCAGGUGCUGGCGCCGCUGCCCAUCCACGGAGUUGCUGAUCACCUGGGCUGUGAUCCUCAAACACGGUUCUUUGUCCCUCCUAACAUCAAACAGUGGAUUGCCUUGCUGCAGAGGGGAAAUUGCACCUUUAAAGAGAAAAUAUCACGGGCUGCUUUCCACAAUGCAGUUGCUGUAGUCAUAUACAAUAAUAAAUCCAAAGAGGAGCCAGUCACCAUGACUCAUCCAGGCACUGGAGAUAUUAUUGCCGUCAUGAUUACAGAAUUGAGGGGUAAAGAUAUUUUGAGUUACCUGGAGAAAAACAUCUCUGUACAAAUGACAAUAGCGGUUGGAACUCGAAUGCCGCCAAAGAACUUCAGCCGUGGCUCUCUAGUCUUCGUGUCAAUAUCCUUUAUUGUUUUGAUGAUUAUUUCUUCAGCGUGGCUUAUAUUCUACUUCAUUCAGAAGAUCAGGUACACAAAUGCCCGGGACAGGAACCAGCGUCGUCUUGGAGAUGCAGCCAAGAAAGCCAUCAGCAAAUUAACAACCAGAACAGUGAAAAAAGGUGAUAAGGAAACAGACCCAGACUUUGAUCAUUGUGCAGUCUGCAUAGAAAGCUAUAAGCAGAAUGAUGUUGUCCGGAUUCUCCCCUGCAAGCAUGUUUUCCACAAAUCCUGCGUGGAUCCCUGGCUUAGUGAACAUUGUACCUGUCCUAUGUGCAAACUUAAUAUUUUGAAGGCCCUGGGAAUUGUGCCAAAUUUGCCAUGUACUGAUAACGUAGCAUUUGAUAUGGAAAGGCUCACCAGAACCCAAGCAGUUAACCGAAGAUCAGCCCUAGGUGACCUCGCCAGUGACAACUCCCUUGGCCUCGAGCCACUUCGAACUUCGGGGAUCUCGCCUCUUCCUCAGGAUGGGGAUCUCACUCCUAGAACAGGAGAGAUCAACAUCGCAGUAACAAGCGGUCACUUCUUUCAUCGGAACUCUCUGUCCCCUCGGAGCCUGGUGUAUGAAAGUGAAUUCUCCACAAUCGAACCUUCUUUGGACAUGUAUGAUGAGAACAAAACCUGAUUUUUAAAAAUGGGCUGUCACCUCUUUUGUGAUUUGAUUUAUGAUCACCUUUCUUAUUUUGUAUUCUUCUGUCAGUGUCCAUUUUGGAAGAAUGGCAGUGCUUUUCAAGCACAGGUUGGGGCUCAGGGUUAAAUUGCCAAGUUCCCCCAGGGUGAGGCUUUGAGGACAACGUUAUUGCCCAGGUAGCCUCAUGGCACUGAAAACCUACCCAAAGCUGGCCACUGAACAUGGGCCCCAGCAAGCCUGGCUGUUUCCAGAGAAGAGGCGGGGCCCAGGGAUUAAUGUUGCAUUGCCAACGUGUCUCUGAAUAAUCACAUGCUAUUCUGUGUCGGGGUGCCGCUGGGGGUUUUUAAAUACCUUUUGUGCUCCCCACUUAUAAUGCUUACUAAAGCCUGCAGGCACUGCUUCUUACUGAUGCAGGGCACAAGUUGCUGCUCCUUGGCCCACUCUGUAUUUUCCUGUCUCUUACUUUACUUCCUGUCAAAGGACUUCUUUCUAAGGGUUCUCAAGAGAAAGCCUUGCCUUUUGUCCCUCCUCUGAGACUGACCCAGCGCACUGCAGUGGAGCUGCCGGCUGUGCAGUAUAGGCAGCUGUCUGUGUUAUUGCCAGUGUCCCUCAUAGAGCAUGACAUAAGGUGACGAGUGCUUAUGUGGCCACUGAAACACUGAAGGCCCUGUCCCUGAGGCCAGUGGACUUGUCUUCUUGGCAACUGCUGAUGUGUAUGGGGAGAUAGUGCCCAGGAGGCCAGCUGGGCAUGGUGAUCCCCAGGUGAUGGCCAGUGGUUGUCAAAAUCAGAAUGUUCUGAGUCCUUUCUUGAGAAAACCAAACCACCUCCUUGCUGUUAGAUACCAUAUAAGCACCCGUCUUCAGUCUUCACCCAUCCAGCCCAGCCCCCUCCCACCAGCCUCAGCUUCAGCAUGAAGCAGGCACAGGAGCUUACAGGAAAGCCUUGGUAGCCAGCGUGGCAGACAUGAGGGACACACAUGCUCUUCCCACAUGCCUGGGAUGACAUCAAGUUAACAUCGCAAGAAACAUGUAUCUUAAGAGUAAUGCCAACACAGAACCACAGUGAGCAAAUUUAUAAAACAAAUUACGCAUCCUUUUUGCUUAAGGACACACCGUAGUUCAGCCUGUUUCUCCCAUCGAUAUAAGCUACGGAGAGAUGUAAAUGUAAAUCCUCAGAUCCUUGUAUGAGAGUGGAAACUUCAGUUCCAUAUGCCUAGAGUUAGAUCCAGCAGCAAGCCAUGCAGAGUUGCCCUGUGAUUUGUAUUGACUCUGUAGGACAGAGUUUGAAGUGAACACUUGCCAUUUUUCGUGUGUAGCUGGCUUCUCCUCUUGUGAUGUGUCGCUAAGAUGCCUCAGACACAGUUGUGCCUGGAACAAAACCCCUCAGAGAACCAGGGAGUGACGUCACCUCCGAGUGACCAGCAGCAUGUUAUUAUCAUUUGAGGCUGGAACAGUGCAGAGUUUUGAGGUUGUAGCAGCUUUUUCUUUUUACCUUUAACCAAGGGCUUUUGUUUGGUUUUCCUUUGUACUAUAGUCUUUGUACUGUAAAAAUAUUUUUGAUAAACAGUUCCAAGAGAGCACUAUUCGGAAAGACAGGUUUGCCCCACUGGCUUUACAGUGAGACAAUAUGUCUCAAGGAGAUUAGAACUCGGUCUGCCAGAGGUUCCAGACACUCACCUGCAUUUAUAUUUGGUUUGGCUCACCUGACAGAGAAAAUGGCUCAGUUCUGACUAUGUCGUCCCUACCAUGACCUUGUUUUCCUGAACCAGAACUCAGAUCCAAAUGGAGUGUUUUCUUCUGAUUAGUACAAUCUUACAAAAGUAUAUACCGGGGCUUCCCUGGUGGCGCAGUGGUUAAGAAUGCACCCGCCAAUGCAGGGGAUACGGGUUCGAGCCCUGGGCUGAGAAGAUCCCACAUGCCACAGAGCAACUAAGCCCGUGCGCCACAACUACUGAGCCUGCAUGCCACAACUACUGAAGCCCGCGUGAUUAGAGCCCGUGCUCCACAACAAGAGAAGCCACUGCAAUGAGAAGCCUGCGCACUGCAAUGAAGAGGAUCCCCCACUCGCCACAACUAGACAAAGCCCGCGCGCAGCAACGAAGACCCAAGGCAGCCAUAAAUAAAUAAAUAAAUAAAUAAAUAAAUAAA